AUGAGGAUGCAAGGCCUGACGCGCUUACUGACUGCCUGGCACUUUGUUUCCACAUUCGCAAGCUUGCCAAGCUCGCCAAGCUCCCCAUUCGAUUGGCCGAACGUCCUUGGACAAGCCUGGCUUUUUGAUCAGGGCUCCACGUACGGUUUCCGCUCGGAGCCAGGAGGCAUUCGUGGGCCUGCACCGGAUUGGGCCAUGGCAGGGCGUAUUCCCAUUGUUCAAUAUGGAAUUCACGCUGAUUCACGACCCCUGGUAGCAGUUUCGUACCCAGGCUCCAUCAUGCUUGACGGCAAUCUAACGCAUGGUGGAUUGCCGUUGCGGGUCCAGGUCUCUUUGAUAUUCCAAUCGUCCAGCAUGGUGGUCGUUCGGAUCUCUGUCCAAAAUCAUGGCUCGGCGCCCGCGUUGGUCAGGUUCAGGGUCUCCUUUUCGGACAUCAACAUGACAGCGUGGACUGGGAAUUCAGUCAUCUUCACUUUGCCUGAAGCUGAGUUUCCAUGCUUCAGAGGUGCAGCUUUCAGCAGGGGCAACUUUACAUUUUCAACCACAUAUUUGGACGACGGCGUGCAGCAAGACCUUACAUGGAACCAGGCAAACAGUACCGAAUUGGCUGUCGAGUCUUCGGAAGUCAGUAUUCAAGCCUUUGGGAAUGCAAGUGCCUUCGUAUCUGUUGUUUUCCCAUACAAUUCUACAAGAACUGGAACUGAUGCCCGCAAGUUGGAUUCCAUGAUUGACAACUCGGUCGGCCGCUGGAAAGCUUAUUUGGCAUCGGUCUUAGUCCCACAAGUUCACAACCAGGGCAUGGGAUGGGUUGCUGUCAAGUCUGUAAUGACAUUGAUGAACAACUGGCGAUCGGUGCCAGGUCUUCCAGAUGGCGUUCUUCCUUCCUACAAUGGCUACGAGAGUGGCUUCUGGUCCUGGGACACAUACAAACAAGCUGUCGGCAUGGUUUCGUUUGCUCCGCAAAUUGCCAAAGAUCAGCUGCGCUUAAUUGUUUCUGCGCGAAAUAGGCGCAAUGGACACAUUCCUGAUAAAGUUGACCGUUGUGGUAAUGCAGGUGGCUGUAAUGGCAAGCCACCCUUGUUGGCUUGGGCUGUGUGGCAAAUUUACCAGGCGACACACGACGUGCCCUUCCUUCAAGAAAUGUAUGGCAUUGCGAAGCAAUUUCAUGAAUUCUGGUAUUCUGCGCGAGACGUCAAAGGUGUCGGCCUGUGUUCAUGGACCCAGGGAAUGGAAAGCGGCAUGGAUGAUGGUGUCAGAUUCUUGCCAGAGUACGCUUCAUCAGCCUACAAUGCAUCCAGCCGUGUUACCACACUGAAUUUUUGGAGCAUCGAUUUGAAUGCGUAUCUGUACAAGGACAAACUGAUGCUGUUGGCAAUGUCAGAUGCGCUUGGCAUGCUGAAGGAGGCACAGGAAUGGAAAGACGCCGCGGGGCGUUUGCUGCCAAAGCUUCGCCAGACAUUUUUCGUUCCUGGUGGGAGGGCUGGCUUCUUCUCGGACGUGUAUUUCAACGGCACAGCAUUGCCCAUACAAGGCUGUGAAGGUUAUGCCGCCCUUUUUGCUGGAGUUGCAUCUCUUUCUCAGGCACGGCAAAUGGCCGAAAUUCUGCGAGACCCGAGCAAAUUUCUUCUCAACUUCAGCCUGCCAUCAGUCAGCAAGCAGAAUCAAUUCUUCAAUCCGCGUGGAUAUUGGAAAGGCCCCACGUGGGUGGACCAGACAUGGUUCGCCUAUGCCGGCUUGAAACGCUAUGCUGUGGAAGCAAGGGCCCGAGGUGAUGAAGAGUCAGAGGCUGGCAGCUUGCAGCUUUCAUUUCCACACCCAAUCAUGGCAAAUCCAUGA